AUGGGGUCUGCAGCAGCAGCCGCUGCUCUGGAUGAGGCGGCUGGGCUUUACAAAGGCAACGCAGAGAGGCGCCGAGCUCCUUCAGAUACAGUCGAGUCAGGCUGCGUGGAGGAGGCCGCGGUGCAGCUGCAGCAGCUCGGCCACCCUUCACCAGCAGCAGCAACAGCAACAGCAACAGCAGCAGCGGUGAGACCGGGAAGUUCGUUCUCCCUGCAGGCGUUGCAUGUGCUGUGUGCUGCGCUGGGGGCCUCUUUGAGCUCUGUUGUGGCAGCAGCUCGGCCACCCUUCACCAGCAGCAGCAACAGCAACAGCAACAGCAGCAGCGGUGAGACCGGGAGGUUCGUUCUCCCUGCAGGCGUUGCAUGUGCUGUGUGCUGCGCUGGGGGCCUCUUUGAGCUCUGUUGUGGGGACCCAGGGCCUGUGGUUGCUGCUGCGGUGGCUGUUCCAGCUGCUGCUGAUGCAGUCACUGCUGCGGAAGUGCGUCGCUGGCUUCUUCGUUUGUCUGCCUCGCAGGAGCUUUUGUGCGUGUCAUUAGAGUUAUUUGUGCUGCUUAUAGUUGCAAAGGAAGCACAGAGGGAGGUGAAAGAACCGCAGCAGCAGCAGCAGCAGAGGCGGGUAGCUGAGUGGCCUCAGCAGUGCACAGGAGCGGCAGCGACAGAUGAGAGGAGCAGCGGCUUGAGAAUAUGA